UGGUUUCCAAAUGGGAUGCUGAAAGACCCUGAAAGCCGCUUUUCCGAUCUGGGUCCUCGCUACACUUGGGUAAAUCCGUUGGAUGUUCAUUACCGAAAAGGAGAAAUAUGGCCCACAUCAGAGCUGGAGACCAAUGGAAGUUAUUCAGAAUACAAACUGGCUUCUAAACCUGAAGAGUCUACCCAAAACCUCAUCAUGGCUGGGAAUCGUGUCCAUGUUGAUGACUCAUCUCGUUAUGAAACAGCACACAAUGAAGCAGAAGAAGAAGAAGACGAUGACCCAGAAGCAGACGACCACCGAANACCUGAAGAGUCUACCCAAAACCUCAUCAUGGCUGGGAAUCGUGUCCAUGUUGAUGACUCAUCUCGUUAUGAAACAGCACACAAUGAAGCAGAAGAAGAAGAAGACGAUGACCCAGAAGCAGACGACCACCGAAACGACAUCCAUCGAUUGACCGUCAUCCCAGAUGAUAACCAAGAUGGCGGCGGCGGCCAAAACACGAUUCAAUAUUCUGGUGCAAACUUGGUUCGGUCUUUGCUGCGCAAAAAGCAGUUUGUGCGAAACGGAUCC